AGAAGAGAGAAAGAGGCAGGAAAAAGAGGACAGCUGCAACAGCAACAAAACAAACACCGCCCACCAUCACAAGAAGCACGCACAAUGGACAGCAGUGGUGAUGGUGAUGGUGGUGGCGACCGGAGGGUGCUCGGUCGACGGGCUGUCUCGCAGCCCGCACUGACGCCAUCGCCAGCGUCAACGUCAGGGUCAGCCAGCGAGCCCAACAACAAGACCACAGGCACAAAGAAUAGUCGAAAGAAGAAAGGCGCACAGCGCUCGGCUUCGAGUUCGCAGCUGGGAUCAUCCUCCUCAUCCUCCUCAUCAUCAUCGCUGGCGCGGGCUCUCCGAACAGUGGACACGUCCGGCCUUGAGUUGACGGAGAGCGUUGCAGAAGGCGAGCAUGCGCAGCUGCAGAUCGACUUGGAGGUGGAGGACGAUUGCCUACAGCAGAUGAGGGCGCGCGACGAUGUGGCGGAGAACCCCCUCUCCGAGUUCUGGAUGCGCGUGUGCCUGCGCGUCAAAGGAUAUGACGUGCCGCGGGCCGCCGCCAGCCUGAACGCCUACGCCGCGUGGCGGGACGACUACGAAAUCAACCAGCGCCCGCUGCACACGGACGAACAACUGCUGGCGCUUGUGCGACACGGCGUAGUGGAGGCGCCCUGCUUUCUGGACCGCAUCGGUCAUCGCGUGCUCAUGAUCCGCAUGGCCAGGGCAGACCCGUCGCGGUGGACGCCACAGGACGCCGUGCGCUGCGUGCACGUGGCCGUGGAGUACGCCUUCCUGCGGUAUCCGCUUGCCCACCGCUGCGGACUCGCCUUCAUGAUCGACAUGCGAAACAUCUCCACCAGCAACAUGGACAUCCGCGUGCCGCACGCACUGCUCGGAGCGCUGUCCAACAACCUGCCGCUGCGCUUUGGCGCCGUGUAUCUGAUCAACCCGCCCCUCUUCAUGCGCGUUGCCCUGAACUUGGUCAAGGUGUUCCUGAAGCGAAAGCUACAGCGCCGCAUCCACAUUGUCAAGGGGGAUGUGUGCGACGACGACGGCAUUCUCAAGUACUUUGACCGCCGCCAGCUCCCCGUGGACAUGAACGGCGCGUGCGUGUACGAUCACGACGCGUACUGCAGCCUGGUGGAGGCGAUACAUACGCACUACCCGACACCGGAGCGGUUUCUCAAGGUGUCGUCGUUCAACCGCCACCCGCCGCCAACCACGUUCCAGGGUGGCGGUGGGGAUGAUCGUGGUGAUGGUGCUUGGGAUGAUGGGGAUGAUCGUGGUGAUGCUGGCGGGGACGGUAGUGAUGAGGAGACACAGCGUGAUGCACCGAGCAGCGGAGACGAGAGGGGAGAAAUAACACAUGCAAGCAACGACCAGCGAGACCAGCAACAACAAGAGAAGCAGCAGGGCAGUGAUGCAGCAGAAGGAGAUGAGGAAGGGGUGCAGUGCAUCCAACAACACGUCGCCCAAACGCCGCUAUCACACACGCAACACCAACACACCCUCGUGUGACGCUGAAGUUUGUUUGUGUAUGUGUGUGUGUGUGUGUGUGAUAGAAGCUGUGUGUGUGUGUGUGUGAUAGAA